AUGGUGAUGCAGAACCUAGUAUACAUUUGCGAGGGAGUACGCAGUGUGGCGGCACCAGCGGCGGCAGCUGCAGCGCGCAGGCUCAGGCUGGGGAGCUCACAGCCAGGACCAAAUUCUCUUGGGGAACAGGAGGAGGCGGAACCUUAAUGUGCGCGGGCCUCGCUUCCCAUCCGGAAAGCUGUCUGGAAGCCCCGCUGGCGGAGCGAAGCCGCGGCGCACCGUGCGGUGACCGGGCGCGCGGCCGGCAUGGAGGGGAGCGGGGCCGUGACCGCUCAGGACAGCAGCGGCGAUGCCGGCGGCGUCCAUCCGGUCUUGGGGGCUCUCGAUGGUCAGCACAACUGGAUGACCAGCCACCCGCAGUUUUUGGAGAUGCUGGAAUUAGAUGUGACAGAGACUUCUGAAGUUUAUACAGCAUUCUUAGUUUACUUGGACCUUCUGGAAGGUAGAAACUGGCAUGAAGUAAAGAGUAUAGGACUACCAGAACUCCAGCUCAUCUGCCUCCACUGUCAUGAGAAGGAAGGAGAAAGAUUACAGAUUGUUGUGCCAACAUCAGUUCAUGCAUCAUUCAGUCAUGAGAGAAUAAGAGAGGUCAUGAAGCGUGCCUGCAAAUCGCAAGUUGAACCAGAUUCUCCAGCGUCAAUUACCCUGGCCAUAGUAGAGUCUGAUUCCACAAUUGUCUAUUAUAAACUGACUGAUGGAUUUGUAGUGCCAGAUCCUCCUGAGGCAGUUGAGGAAACUGAUGGUAAACAGUGGAGAAAGAAAAAGAAGCUGAAGAGAUGACCUGACGUGUGAAUUGAAGAACUGAACUGAUGAUAGUUCAUGGGACCACUGAUGUCAGGCCAGUAUGAAGAUAAGCAGUUUACAUACUAAAGAAAACAAGGUUAACAAGCGAUGUAACAACUGUAGGAAUGUACUCUUUGAUCCAACUUUGAACCUGCCAGGCCCACACCCCAAAGAGACAACCACGAGGAAAAGGGCUCAUGCGUACAAAAGCAGCUAUGUUCUUAAUAGCCCCAAAAUGGAAAUUAAGGAAGGGGGUACCCACCUAUUGGAACGGUUAAACAAAUUGUGCUAUGUGAAUCUAACAGAAUAUUAUUGUGCCAUAAGAAAUGGUGAAAUAGAUAGUUUGCAAAUAAAGUGAGAAGAUCUCUAUGAUCUGAUUCAGAGUGAAGUGAUCUGGAGGAGAAAGAAUGCAUCAGACAUAGCAGAGGUGGAAGAACAAGGCAGACUAGUGAUGCUAUACUCCUAUAGUCUGGAACUCUGGCUUAGCUGAGCUUUUGCUCCAGGACUGUGUGUCAAGUCCUUGGAGAAGCUUUUGCUUCUCCUGGAGGUGGGUUAGCCUCUGGUCUGUGGCAUGGACGCUUGGUAGGCCUGAGUUCAGCUAGCUUCUUAGCUUCCCUGAGAAGAAGCCAAGUUCCAGAUACCCUCUCCAGUACCUACAACUCCACAACAGUUUGCUUCAUCUACACUUGCCCGGGAAAUAGGAGACCUACCUAGCCUCCCUGAGCAGCCAUUCCAUCAACUUCCAGGCAUCCUCUGUGGCCAUCUACAGCUCUAAAGCAGUUGCCUUCACCCUUCUCUUUUCCCCUUCACAGUGUCCUCCCAGCCCCCAACUACACACAGCUGUCUGAUGCCAAGGCUGAACCUCUAAGGACAAUGAUAACCUACCUGAACUCAUUCCUCAGUGAUGAAUAUACUUUCACCCUGUCGUAUCUUCUCCUUCCCAGUGAUUCUGAAUCCCUGAUUGCCAUUGUUUAAACUCCCAUUCUCUGUCCCUCACUGACCACUUCUUUAUUCCCAUCCUCCUCAACCCAGCUUCCUCCCCAAGUGUGCCAUUCUAAAGCUACCCACUUUUUCCCACUGUGAUCUCUGGACUUCCUGCUCCAUGGGUAAAAACCCUGGCUUUCCUCUUAAACUUUUUUAUUUCUCACUCUUCUACAUCUUGUACUCAUUGAGAUCUGACUCUGUACUCAUAACACCACAUCCAUGGCCUCUCUUUUCAGCACUGGUUGCACUUUAAUUCAUUCCCCACCCUGCCUCUUCAUCCUCAACUCACUGGUCUUGGUGGGGGAAUCAGAAUGCUCCUUGCUUUCCAUUACUACUUCCUGGCUGUUGCUCUACCACCAUCACCCACCUCUUUUGAGGUUCUUUCAAAGCAGAUUAAUCAUUCAGUCAGGAUUUUGGAGGCUGUUGUCUGCCUACCUCCAGGACAUUCUCUUUCUUCCUCAAAGGGUUUAGAGGCUCACCCACAGUCUUUCUCUUCUUCUCUCCAAGUCCUGCACUCGUAGUAAGGGGCUCCAUCAUACGUAUUCAUACUUCUCCAAACACCUUAACUUCAGUUUGCCCAUUUUCUAUGACCUAUGCCUCCAUCCUACCUUAGCUACACCCAGAGAUGGUCUUGAUCUUCUCAUCACCUUUAAGUAUUACACUUCCAUGUUCAUGAACUCUGAAACUCCUUUAUUUGAUUAUAAUCUGUUGUCAUUCCUUCUGCUUUGUAACCCCCAAUCUUGUUCUUCAUCUUCACUAGCUGGAAUUCUCUCCCUUCUCAUCUCUACUGCUUGGCUUUCCUGGUUUCCUUCAUGUCCCAACUAGAAUCCCACCUUCUAUAAGGAGCCUUUUCCGGGCCUCCUUAAUCUUAGUGCCUUCCCUCAGAGAGUAAUUCCAGUUUGUCCUGUAUAUAUCUUGUUGGUACAAAGUUGUUUGCAUAUUAUCUCCUUGCAGGGGGCAUCUGUCUUUUGCCUUUCUUUGUAUCCCUAGCACUUAGUGCCUGGAACAUAAUAGUCACUUAAUAAAAUGCUUGUUGACUUGGAGUGAGCAGAACUAAGAGAAGAAUUUAUUCAAUGACAUCAGCAUUACGGAGAAAAACAGUGGAAAGACUUCACAUCUCUGAUCAAUACAGUGAUAAACCAUGAGUCUACAAGGCUGAAGAUGAAUCAGACACCCACCUUUUGGACACGGCCAGUGUAGGAUUUUGUGUGUGUGUGUGUAUGUAUGUAUGGCUGGACUUUUUUGGUGUUUAUUUUGUGAAGGUUUUCAAAAUAUAUAUAUAUUAGUUGUCCAAUGGAAAGUGUACAUGAUAUGAGAGAAAGGUAAUAAAUAUUUGUAAACAUA